ACUCAUAUUAUAAAGCCAAGAAGAAACUCAAGAGCAAAAACAGAGUGAAAAUGGGCAUAGAAACUCAAGUUGAAGAGAAGCCAAGAAAGGGUGGUCUUAGAACUAUGCCUUUCAUCAUUGUGAAUGAAGCAUUUGAAAGGGUAGCAAGUUAUGGUUUACAAUUUAACAUGCUAAUAUACUUGAUGACAUAUUAUAACAUGAGUGCUGCUACUGGUACUACCAUUCUUGGACUAUGGGGUGCACUUUCAAGUGGAUUGGCUCUUGUUGGGGCAAUUAUUGCUGAUUCUUACUGGGGUCGAUUUAGAGCUGUUGCCUUUGGAUCCAUCUCCACUCUUAUUGGAAUGAUCAUUCUAUGGCUCACAGCAAUGAUUCCACAACUCAAGAAUUUACCCUGCUCUCAUUUCCAACAUGUUUGUAAUGGACCAACACUACUACAACUUGCUGUUCUGUUUUCAUCUUUUGGAUUUAUGUCCGUCGGAGCUGGUUUUGUUAGACCUUGUUCUAUAAUAUUUGGUGCUGAUCAAUUGGAAAAUCGAAAGAACAAGAGGAUUCUUGAAAGCUAUUUCAAUUGGUACUAUGCUAGCACAGGGAUUUCAACUAUUCUUGCAGUUACCCUUAUUGUUUAUAUUCAAGAUAGUUAUGGUUGGAAAGUUGGCUUUGGUGUCCCUGCUAUCCUCAUGUUUUUGUCUGUCUUAAUGUUCCAAAUCGGCUCUCCUCUUUAUAUCAAAGUGAAAGCUAAAACUAAACAAAACUUGGUCAUAGGAUUGUUCCAAACAGUUGUAGCAGCUUUUAGGAAAAGAAAUACCCGUCGUCUUUCAUUGACUGAUUGUGAUGAAUACUAUCGUUGGCCACUUGAAUCAGAGGUCUUCACUCCAUCAAAGGACUUAAGGUUCUUAAAUAGAGCUUGUAUCAUUGAAGAUCCUGAAAGAGAUUUGAAUUAUGAUGGAUCAACUUCAAAUCCAUGGAAUCUUUGUAGUGUGGAACGAGUUGAAUCACUCAAGGCUAUUAUUAGAGUACUUCCUAUGUGGUCCACUGGUUUUAUUAUCUUUGUGGACAUGAAUGUAUUCGCAUUUUCCUUACUUCAAACAAAAACCAUGGAUAGACACAUCUUCCUUGAUCACUUUGAAAUACCAGCAGCAUCAUUCAGUGUGUUCUUGAUUAUUGCUUUAACAAUCUGGAUUGCUUUCUACGACCGUGUUUUGGUCCCUUUGCUGUCAAAAUAUACUGGACAGCCUAGAGGGCUAAGUCCUGUCACCAGAAUGGGGAUUGGUUUAAUAGCCUCCUGUAUGUCUAUAGCAUUGUCAGCAAUAACAGAAAGCAUAAGACGACAAAGGGCAAUAGAGGAAGGACAUGAGGACGACCCAAAUGCUUUAGUGAGCAUGUCUGCUAUGUGGUUCGUGCCACAGUAUGCACUACUCGGAGUGGCUGAGGCUGCCCAUGCAGUUGGACAGAUUGAGUUCUUGUAUGCUCUAUUACCGAAAAGCAUGUCCAGCAUCGCGUCAGCUAUGUACACUGUUGGGACUGCUGUGUCGAGUUUGAUUGGAAGUAUUCUGGUGAGUGGUGUGGAUUGGCUUUCAUCAACCGGAGGUAAAACAAGCUGGCUUUCGAGCAACAUUAAUAGGGGUCAUCUGGAUUAUUAUUUCUGGCUACUUACAUUUUUGAACUUGCUAAACUUCUUAUAUUUUCUGGUCAUCUGCUGGUUAUAUGAACCUGGCAAUAAUGGGAGCAGUAGGUCACCUCAUGUGGCAGAAGAUAAAGAAUGUGAUUAUAGGCUCUUACCUGAAUCUUGAUGAUAUGUUGUACUGCAUUUUGAGUGAUGCAAUUAUUACUAAU